AAAUUACAUUUAUCAGUCUUUGGGCGAAAGUUAUCAAGGAUUUACAUAUUCGCAUCCGUAGAACCACUCAAAUCAUUUUGGGUCAAAAAGUGACACUAUGAGAAUCUUCGCUUGGUUACUGAUAAUACUUCACAUUACGAGAGGACACAAUUAUGAUGCAUACGAUGCACACAACUGCGGUAAAUCGCAAAUAAAUCCUGCACGAAGUCCAGUGGGAGUAAGAGCCAGACGAUCUUACAUGGCUGAUGCUCACUCCAAUGACACAAGCAUUGUCGGUGAUUCAGGGAGUCAGAAGUUGGACGACAACGUCAUUGACGAUGAAGAUGAGGACGAUUUCAUGCAGGAAAAGAUAAUGGGAGGUAGACGAGCUGAAAGAGGUGAACUUCCAUGGGCAGUAUUGUUUCACGUUUGGAAAGAUAAGUAUUACAUGAGCCCAUGCGGUGGAACGCUGAUUUCAAGACGACAUGUUAUCACUGCAGCUCAUUGUUUCCGGGCAACGGAUGGCAUAGGCCAAUGCAGCACCUCGGACAUGUUCUCACCGGAAUUUGUGAUACACAAUACGGAAGUUUCCAUCGGUGGAACUUGCAGUUUGGCAGGCAGAUUUGGUUGUACUAGGUCAGAUAUUGGUAGAGUCUACAAAAUUGCCCGCGCAUUUUACGAGGAUUACUUCAAAUUUGGCUGCAGAGGCACUCACGACAUAGCGAUCCUUGAACUGGCUGAGGAUGUGCCAAAAACAAUAAAUCACGUUUGCCUACCCUUUAUGCACAAAGUGGAGGAAAUAGAAGAUCCUUACCUAAAGCUAAGAGCAUUUGGAUGGGGAAAUGAUCCAUUAAACCAUAACAACAAUCUUUCACCUUACUUGCAAAUAACGGAAAUAGGUGCAAAACUACCGGAGUUAGUGUGCAAGAAAACGAAUACUCUUGGAGCAGAAGAUACAUUUUGCGUCAAGUCCGGCCAGCAGCAAUGGUGCAGAGGUGACAGUGGCGGAGGAGUAACAGCAACAAUUCGUGGGAGAAAUUACUUAAUGGGAGUAGCCGUUUGGGGACCAUAUUGUGAUGUGGUUGCUCGAAAUGUUAAAGGUCGUUUUCAUCCGAAGGUUGCCACUGACAUUAUGUAUUACAAGAAGAUGAUAGAAACAUGGAUUCGGGCAAAAAGAAGUAGAAAACCUGAAGUUGCAAAUCCACGAUACGGAAAGCCCCAUCAUUUGCUUACACCAGACUUGAACGAUCUAAUUAGUAGCAUUCUUCGCUUGCCCAUAUUCGGUCCUUUCCUGAUGUUUUGAUGAUGCUACGCUUGUUGCUAGAUGCAAUUUCUAACGAUUAACAUCACUUUCUAUCUAAUGCAAAAAUGCGUUAUUCAGAUAAAUGAAAAAUAGC